CAAAUGAUUGACAUUCAUUGUUGCAUUGUAUGUUGUGGACUGAUUUUAAGGUAAACAGAAUCACUUGCUUUUUGUUUAUUAUUAGUGUUAUUUAUCGAACAGUCACAACAUAUCAUUGUAAUGAUUAAAAUAAUUCAUUGAAGAAUGAGCACUAACGUAGACGAUCAAAAAUUAGAACAAAAACCAGUAUUCAAAGCAUCAUCUUUCCAAGUUAUAAAAGCUAGCAAAAAGAAAUACGUUUGGAAAAGUUUAAAACAAAUAAUCGCAUCAGAAAAAACUCUUCCUUGGCCCGAAGAUUGUGUUCACUAUGGUUCAAUAAAUGCUCCUCCCAGUUUUAAGCCACCUCAGAAAUUUUCGGAUCUCUCUGGUCUUCCAGCCCCAUAUACUGAUCCUCAAACACGAUUAAGAUAUGCCAACAAAGAGGAAUAUGCGACGAUUAUCGAUUUACCCAUGGAUAUUACAGCUGGAUAUUUAGCCUUACGAGGAGCUACUAGUAUUGUAGGAUAAAUAUAGUACUCCUGCCAAAGGGUAUUGUGAGUUUUUUCACCAGUAAUUGAUUUUUAAAACAAAGUGCCAAUUUCGUUUAGUUUCGUUUCAAUUGAAAAUGGAAAAUAAAUUUAAUUUCAUUUGAAAAUAUUAAUUUUGUCCUUUAUUAUUCUCUUUAUUUAAAAUUAAUGUGUAAAUUGCUCUCUCUACUAGAUUAUCUUUAUCAUUUAUAAAGAUACAUUGUUUUUAAUAGCGUAAUGAGCAAUUUGUGCCCUUCAGUUUUAUGUAUUUGGGAAUUAAGGGAUAAAUAAAAAGCAGUGUUAGUGAAAUUUUAACGCAAUAUAUUUUUAUAAAUUGUUAAGUAUAACAAUGUUACAUAAAAACAAUCAUCUUAAAUUUGUACUGUAAAGUAACAGUUAGGUAUAAUUAUAUUUUUCUUUCGUAUUAUUUAUAAUAUAUUUUUUUAAUAACAUCAAUAUGUUAAUGUACAAUAGCAUACUUGUUUGAACAUGAUAAAUACUUUUUAAAAUUUGAUUUUUUUUUAUUAUAGAUAUGUCGGAAAAACCCAAAAUAAUGUCAUAAACUGAAUGUCCAUAUAGGGUCUAAAUUGAUGAUUUUAUCUAAAUUUUAUAUAAGAUAAAGAUUCUGUAAUUACAAUAUAAUAUCUGAU